UAUUACUGCCUCUCGCUUACACGCACUCACACUCGAGAGUACUACCGAACCAGAUUACUACCACUCCUCGGUCCUGACAACCUCGACUACACUACACCACAUCCACCCCACCAAUCGAUACAUACAACAUCCACCACAAUGCAUGUUCUUGGCCACGGCUUCGGCCAACGACGCAAGUCCUCCAACCGCCGCCCACGCGAUCUUCACAUCCGCAAGAUCUCCUUCUCCGGCUCCUCGCUCUCCUCCGGCUGCUCUCUCUCAUCAUCAACCUCGUCUACUCCCGUCGCCACUCCCACAGCUCGUACUCCCACUACCGCCCGCCCCGACAUCGACCCUCUGAACCUCAACCCGACCUUCCACGCCCCGCCUCGGCUCUUCGAGCGGGCCUUUAAGGACACCACCGCCGUGCCCGUCUUCUGUGACGAGGCGCAGGAGGAGGAGCAUGUCGAGAACUUCAUGGUGGAGCACGAUGUUGAGCAAACACCUACCGAGAUGGCUCUGCCGCCUCAUGUGAGCCCCGAGGACGUCGGCCAUGACAGGCAAGAAUCUCGAGACUAUUUCUUCGCCGCCCUGGCCAAGCGUCCUCCCAUGCCCAAGUCUCGCUGGUCAGAGUCCACCGUCCAGACCCUCGACUUCGAGGUGACACAGGACGAGGAUGACUCUUCCGACGACGAAGAGACCGCCACCUUCGACGACUCUGACGACGAAUCCGUACUCGAGAUGCGUCGUCUAUCCCGCCGCAUCUCCCGCCGCAGCUCCGACCGCGCUGCCGCCCUCCAGACUCUCAGCCUCAACCUCACUUACAACCACCCCGCCGCCCCCAAGAGACCACCCAUGCGAUCUCUCGACACCGUCGACAACUUUAUCCGCCGCGGCGGCUGGAAGCGACGUGGCAUCGUCUUCCACUCCGAGGAGAUGGACGGUUCCAACCGCUGCGCUGAGCGAGCGAGCUGUUAACAGCCGCUACCCCUUCACUACCACUACCUCUCUACUACUUUUUUUUAUUCCAUGCCUCAUGAUUUCUUCGAUACCCCUACACCCUUUACUACAUUUCACGUCUUUCGUUGACUACAUU